AUGAACACCUCCCUCGACUCCUCAAAGUGCCCCGUCCCAAGCCUUGUGUACUUAUGUCAACGUGUGGCUAUCAGCAACGCGGACGCAAUAUCAAGCCUCGGAGAGGAACUUCGCUUCGAAAUUGUGAAACCAAUCUUAGAACAAUGUGAUGCUGCGACACUCUAUAGGAUUGAAGAUGCAAACCCAUCACUUCGAGCUGGAAGUGGAACCCAAGGUAUAUGGGAAGAAUUGUGUUACAAAACAUACCCACUGGCUGCUGAAAGAUUGAAGGAGAGUCUAAUCGAAUGCUGGAGAGAUACUUAUUUCAAACUCCGUGAGUCUGAAGCCCGCCGGCUAGAAGAGCUCGCCCAUAAGAUGCGCAAACAACGCACGGCUGCUGAAGAUAAGAAAGAAGAAAGAAAAGUCAAAUUCACUGAUCGCCUUCCACCUGCCGCCUCGAAACGCUCUGGAUGGGGCAUAAACCCACAACCAAAGACGUUAUUCCAGAAAACGAAAUCCGAGGCCUUCAAACUUCAAAGGACCAUGUAUUCCCUUCGUUCAGUCCCUCCCAUGGUCAAUGGGAAGACUUAUCGCGUCAUCCCUCCUUCGCCGAAACCCCCGCUGCUGCCUGUCUCAACCUCAACGCCAUUGUCAAGCCGUGUCACUGUAACGACAGUGCGACACGUUCUAACACCUCCGAGCUCUUCUGGUGCUUCGUCUUCCGAUACUUCGUGCUCAGAUAGGGCUACUUCCUAUCCCUCUUCACCUGCCCCAGCACCUGGGAAGCUGCCGCCGCCGCCGCAUACUCAACACUCAACACCUCACGAGGCUCCUACCACAGCCCAGGCUGCCCCUGGACCUACUACUCCUCGCAAGAAGGCACCGGUAAAAAAGGAUCCGGCCUCUGCUCUGUUCAUACCCAAACAUCGAGCCUACUCACAACGAACCAAAUGA